AUGCCCUCCAAGCCCAUCAUUGUUCUCACGCCUGGAGCCUGGCACUCACCUGAGGUCUUCGAUCUCUUCCGCGAUGAGCUCCACCAGAGAGGAUGGGAUACCAAGGCUACGACAAACCCCUCAGUCGGUGCCGAGCCACCUACGAAGGGCAUGUUUGACGACGCUGCAUCAGCACGAGCUGUUCUAGAAGAGCUAGCGGACCAUGGAAGACAAAUAAUCCUUGUUGCACACUCCUAUGGCGGUGUUCUGGCCGCCGAGGCCGUUAAGGGUCUCGGCUACAAGCAGAGGGCGGCGGAGGGCAAGACCGGCGGUGUCAUUUCGCUGCUAUAUGUUGCUGCAUUCGUGGUGCCGAAAGGAGAAUGUGUCUGGAGCUUGACCAGGAAUGAGAUUCAGCCCUGGAUGAGAAUUGCGGAUGGCAAGAUCUCUGUCGACGGCCCUGAGGAGGUAUUCUACGAAGACGUCGCACCCGAUGUGGCUGCGAAGUGUGUUAGUAUCUUGAAGCAUCAGACUACCAAAGCGUUCGAAGAGCGCGUGACGUACGAGCCCUGGCACGAUAUUCCAUGCGCUUACCUUGCCUGCGAAAACGACAAGGCGGUUCCUUUCUUUGCUCAGGAGAUGAUGUCGGGACUUUUGGGUCCGCAUACGUUGAAGGUUACCUUUACCUCGUCUCACUCGCCGUUCUUAUCUAGGGCUGCAGAGACUGCCGAUGUGGUUGAGAGGGUUGCAAAGGCGGGUUUGAAGGCGACUGAAGCUUAA